GCUUUUUCAGUGUAACACUUCAACAUGAACCGUGAUGACAGAAUUAUGCCAACCCGUGAAAACUGCGUUUAUACCAGCUGUUACUGUGAAGAAAAUGUCUGGAAACUCUGUGAUUUUGUCCGAAUGGAGAGACCUGCACAGCUAGAACAUCUGUUUGUUGUUUUCAUCUCUAAUGAGAACAGAACGGUUCCUCUGUGGAAACAGAAGUCUGGACUUGGAGACCAACCUGUGAUCUGGGACUACCACGUGAUCCUGAUGCAGGUGGGUGUUCAGCCAUACUCCCUGGCUUAUGAUCUGGAUUCUGAGCUGUCAUUUCCUUGCAGCCUGAAGCUGUAUGCCACCCAGGCCCUCCGCUCAGACCGCAACAUUCGACCUGAGUACCACAGGAAGUUGCGUGUCAUACCUGCUGACAGCUUCCUGUUCAACUUUGCAUCGGAUCGAUCUCACAUGAAGAAUCCUGAUGGAUCCUGGAGGAUGGCCCCCCCACCCUACCCUCCCAUACACACUGAAGAGAGUCAGAUGAACCUGGAUGACUUCAUCAGUAUGGACCCUGCUAUCGGCUGGGGGACGAUCUUCAGCCUGGACCACUUUCUGCAGAGAUACACCAGACACUCUUCAUCAUCAUCCUCAGCUUCAUCAUAACUGUUCAGUUUCAGACAGCCAGACUGCAGUAGAUGUCUGAUGCAUGUCGUUGGACUGUCCCACAGUCCAGAUGACAGGCGGCAGGAGAACGUUGGGUCUGUGUGGGGCCUGACAGGACGACGUGCAGUCACUGACCAAAGGCCAUGAAAACUACUUGUUUCUGCCAGUCAUGUUCUUUCAGUCUGGGGUCUUUAACACAUCUGUGGUCACAGCCCCAUUGUUUGAUGAUCUUAAUUCAUUUAUUCCACUGAAUAAACAAUUUCUUAUUUCUU